AUGUCAGCCUCAACAAUUGACGUUCAAACUUGCCUGGACAUUAUUCCUCCAUUUAACCUACUUAAGGGAAUAGAUCUUGACUAUAAUGAUGAUUAUAUAUUUGAGGUUACUGCCAAUUCGCAGUAUGCAAUCACUUCAGCCUCAGAUCGAACUGUUCGACUUUACAAUCUAAACACGUUGCAGUUAUCUCACAAAUUUCAAGCUCACGAGGAAAAGAUCUCACAGAUAAAGUUGAAAGGCGAUCAUCAUCUGUUUACAGCAAGUGAAGAUCGUACCUUAAAACGGUGGGAUCUGCGUUUGGGAGGAAAUGCACCAGUUCAGACUUUCAAUUAUAAAUUACCUUUGACAGCUUUUGAUAUAAACCAUAAUGAUACAAUGGCAAUUUUGGGUACUGAAUUCUCUUAUGAUACCCAGUCUGCAGACCUUGCAUUUUUUGAUACCCGAAAUACACUCUUACUUCAUACAUUUACAGAAUCUCAUGGUGAUGAUAUUACUGAGAUUCAAUGUCAUCCUUCUCUACCAAACCAAUUUCUUUCCAGUUCAACUGAUGGCCUUGUCAAUAAUUACGACGUAUCAGAAUUCGACGAAGAGGAAAACAUGAUUUCCGUUAUCAACCCAGGCUCCUCUGUAAAUAAGACCGGCUAUUUUGGUCCAAAUGCGGAAUACCUCUAUUGCUUAACCCAUAUUGAAACCUUUUCUCUUCAUACAACCGAGGGUGAUGUGAUUUGUGAUUUUGGAGAUAUUAGAAAUAUUCCUACGACACAAGUGGACUAUGCAAUUGAUUGUAGCUAUGAUCCUAUUAGUCAUCGAUUCUACCUGAUCACCGGAAGUAAUAGCGGCAUGGUCGACUUCUUCCAUGUCAAUCUCGGUCAGUUACAGCAUUGUCAACAAUUAAAUAUGAAUGGAGGGCAUACAGAUGUUGUACGCUCAUUAUUUUGGUAUCAUCCUACGCAAAGUCUGUUGACUGGUGGAGAAGAUGGUAGAUUAUGUGCUUGGCAAGGGUGUGCACAGUGA